CGUGCACUUACAAUGUUAGUUCAAACCUAGGUAGCUACAACACUAAACCCACAGAAAGCCUUGUACAGAAUGCACUGUAAUAUGUAUUUGUCAUUGGUUUUGUACUUUCCUCCGAAGCUACUGAUGAACUUGCAUUGGCCGCGAUGGAAUUCGUCAUCGAUUAGUGGCUCGCUAUAACAAGCAUUCCCUUUUACGUCAAAUACUCAUGCGAUGUCACCAUCAACUAAGCGAUAGAAGAUUGGACUUUGUGCCAAUCAACACUUGACCUUAGUGCUCUACAGCUUGCCGACUGCACGCCACAUCUAACCAUGACUACCCCCGAGUAUGUGUUAACACGCGAAACAAUUACAAGGCUGACACGGUUAAUACAAGGCAUGUUCAAGGGCUGUCAUUGCUAUACCCGAAUUUGAAUGUCUCUCCCCAGACUCCUCCGGAGAGCACAUGCUCUACAUAGAGCGACAGUUCCAUCCAAACAGCCACACGUCCACAGCAAAGCUGACUAUACUACACCUUGAAAGCAAUGCCACACAUGUUAUACAUGACAGACCGCAGAUACAGCAGGCGUUUUGGGUCCAAGGCGCGGACAGGCAAAUUACCGUUCUGGAAUCCAGGGAAGUUGACUUGACGCACGCCCUGGUUCUGCACCUAGAUUCUGAAUACAUGUCUGCCACGAUCCAGGUGAUCGGAACCGUGCCUGGCCAGGCGACUGGCCUCGGCGCCGCAGCAGCACCCGACGGCAAGGUAGUACUGGCAGUGUCAGCCAUGGCCACAGCCAACGGUGAAUUGCAUGACCCCAAGACGGCUCCCCAGCAGCGAUCUUCCGGCCGCCUCUAUCACAAGAUGCCUGUGCGCGCACCCGAGUCCUGGAUCACAUCCCAAACCCUGGCCGUUUUCUGUCUUAUCCUAGACUGCGACGCUGCGGACCCGCAUCUCAGUGAGCCAUUUAAUGUGCUUGCCCAGACAGACUUGGAGUAUAAGUCGUACGGCAGCAUCCAUCUUACCCAACAAGGGCUUGCGGUGGUCGCUGGGCCUCGCCAACCCAGCGUUGCCGAGGUCGGACUGGCUGCGGUCUACUAUAUUGGUAUGCCCGCCAUACUAGAGCGCAAUCACGCAGCGAGACGAGAGAUGAGUGUGCCUGGUUUGCACGGAUACUCAAACUGCCCGCGGAUUUCAGCCGACGGCCAACAACUGGUUUAUCUGCAAAAGCCUGCGUCGUGGCUAGAGGACGAGGUAAGCCAUUUAGUGGUCUGCAGCGGACUUGAUACAAACCCGACGCUGUCGCAUACCCAAAUCUACCGAGACGAGAUGUUUGAGCUGUUACUAUCUCCUCUCACUGUGGAUAUUGCCGACGACGUGACCACGGUCUACUUUACUGCAGAAGAUAGAGCCGAGAUCCGGCUGUUUCGUGCUAGUGUCUCUGGCGCGGACAAGAUCGCAGCAACGCCCCUGUCGCAUGGAUGGUCUAUCGAAGCAUUUUCAUUGCUACCAGGCGAGCCAAGCUCGAUUCUACUGGCUGCUAGUACUAUCAACGUUCCUCGGCGCUGGGUAACUUUGAACCCGGCUAGCAUGGCUACGCGUCUCAUCUGCCAGGAUACCAAGGAGAGCAGCGACGCACGGCUUGAGGAAACCACCUUUGAGUCGAUCGAAUGGGCGGGUGCCGACGAUAUUCCCGUCCAGGCGUGGCUCGUAAAGCCGCGAGACUUUGACGCCUCCAAGUCGUAUCCUUUGCUGUAUGUGAUUCACGGCGGUCCCAAUGCCGCCUUUAAUAAUGCCUGGGCGUCUGGUGCUUGGCGUAACUGGAACUUUGCCUUGUUUGCAGCGCAAGGCUACGUCGUCGUUGCCCCGAACGCGACUGGGUCGUCGGGAUUUGGCCAAGACUACGGCCGACGUGUGCUCAACAGCUGGGGCGGCAGAGGCUACGUAGACCAUGAAAAGGGCUUCGAGCACAUUCGCGCUGAUUUGCCGUUUGUAGAUACAGACAGAGCCAUUGCUCUCGGGACGAGCUACGGCGCGUACAUGAUGAACUGGUUUCAGGGACAGCCGCUGGGGCGCGAAUUCAAGGCCAUGGUGACGGAGAACGGCUUUGUCAACAUGAAGGCAUUUUAUACUGGCGACCUGGUCUGGUUCCAAGACCAUGUCGGAGGCCCCAUGUAUGAAGAUAGCAGCGGCUACGACAAGUUCAACCCGAUUGACCAUGUGGAUAAAUGGUCAACUCCUGCCCUUGUAAUUGCAAACGAAUUAGAUUAUCGAGUACCAGUUGUGGAGGGUAUCGCCGUGUUUCAAAUUCUUCAAGCAAAGGGGAUCGAAAGCCAGCUUUUGAGCUUUCCUGAUGAAGCACACAUAACUGUAAAGCCCGAAAACAGGCUGUACUGGUGGCACGUAGUCUUGGAGUGGUGUGCUCGACAUGCUAAGAUGGAAGUUGAAUAGCCCCUUCAUAUACACAGUCCGUAUAUAUUAGUCAAGUAUAGCAGCAAGUAAUGGACGACAUCAAGCGGCCACCGUUCUGAUACAAUAGAGCAGCAGUG